AUUGUUUUUCGAAAUGGCUACCCAGGAGGGAAGUGUGAAAGAAGAGGAUACACUGAAAUUAAAACCUCCAUUAUGUUUAGCAAGUAUGCGUAGUCGAGUAAAAAGCUACAUUGAUAAGCAUCAGUAUGAUUCUGCUAUCUUUUGGGCUGACAAAGUUGCUACUCUUUCUGAUGCUGUUGAAGAUUUGUUCUGGUAUGCUCAAACUAUGUACUACACCGGCCAGUAUCACAGAGCCAUUCACUUACUGACAAGCCGAAAACUAGACAAGACAUACACUGCGUGUCGUUAUUUGGCAGCCAAAUGCCACUAUGAAUGCAAAGAAUGGCAAGAAGCCCUGAAUAUUCUUGACCUGUUAGACAUGUCUUUCAGUCGCAGCUCAUCUGCUGCAAACAUCAGCGACUCAUUGCCAGGGACAGAAACAACCUUACUUCCAAACUGUGAAAACUCGAUCUGUUUACUACGAGGGAAGAUCUAUGAAGCCAUGGAUAACCGUAGCCUAGCUGCUGAUUGUUACAGGGAAGCCUUGAAACUGGAUGUUUAUUGUUUCGAAGCUUUUGAACUGCUAGUUAAUCAUCACAUGCUUACAGCUAAAGAAGAGCAAGAACUGGUUUCUUCGCUACCUUUUGCCAGCCAGUGUCACCCCAGUGAAGCUGAUAUUGUCAGGGAUCUUUACCAGAGCAGACUUAAAAAGUAUGACUGCCCUGGAAGAGUAGAGUUGUCUCCAUCAUUACUUCCCCUUGCUAACAACUUGGAUGUGAUAGUUAGCUCAGCCGAACAACAUUUAUACAAUUGUGACUUUAGGGCUGCUUAUAAAAUAACCUCCAAAGUGUUAAGUAAAGAUCCAUAUAAUAGCCAGUGCUUACCUAUACAUAUAGCAGUUCUUGUGGAACUUAGGAAUUCUAAUGCUCUGUUUUAUUUAGCUCACAAGUUAGUUGAUUACUACCCAGAUAAGUCUAUAUCCUGGUUUGCUGUAGGCUGCUACUAUAUGUUAACAGAGAACUUUCUACCUGCUAGGUGGUUUCUAAGUAAAGCAACGACAUUAGAAAGGGCUCAUGGCCCAUCUUGGCUGGCUUUUGGCCACACUUUUGGCGUGAACAAGGACCACGACCAGGCCAUGGCAGCCUACUUUACAGCCUCACAAAUCAUGAAGGGGUGUCACUUGCCGGUGUUGUAUAUUGGGCUGGAAUAUGGUCUAACUAACAACCCCAAACUUGCCGAGCGGUUCUUUAGUCAAGCACUGAGCAUAGCGCCACAAGAUCCCUUUGUUUUACAUGAGAUGGGUGUGAUAGCCUUUGGAAACAUGGAUUUUGAAGAAGCUGAGAGCCACUUCCUGAAAGCUCUAGAACGAGUGCGGGACGUGUGUGAUGAGAUGCUGCCAGAAAGAUGGGAGCCACUGCUGAACAACCUCGGCCACGUGAGCAGGAAGCUGAAGAAGUACGAGGAGGCGCUGGAGUACCACAAGCAGGCUGAAAUACUGUGUCCGCAGACAGCCUCCACGUACUCAGCUAUUGGCUAUGUACAUGCGUUAAUGGGGAAUCAUUCUGAGGCUGUAAACUAUUUCCAUAAGGCAUUGGGCCUGAGAAAAGAUGAUACAUUUUCUACCACUAUGUUAACAAAUUCAAUGGAUGCUUUGAUGUCAGAGAUCUCAGCUUGUGAUGGGGCUGAUGACGAUCCACACUUCCCCACCCCAACCAAAGACUCAGCUAGAAAAGUUAAACUCACAGAGCUCUUUGGGAGUUCACAGAAAGAUAAAAGUAUGGUGGACAGCAAGGAUGAGAGCUUAGACGACAGUAAACCAGGCUUCGAUCCAGUGGACAGCGACCCAUUUGCAGAGAGUAGCUUGUCUAUUGAGGAGGUUGAGAUGGAGGAGUACUCAACUUCUUAAGUCUGAGCAUGGAGGGCAGACACAUUCUUUGUCUUUUGGGCAGGCUCAGUCAGUCUAGUCUUACUUUAGGCCAGACUAUCAUUGUCGCUAGGGCAGACACAUUCUUUGUCUUUUGGGCAGGCUCAGUCAGUCUAGUCUUACUUUAGGCCAGACUAUCAUUGUCUCUAGGGCAGACACAUUCUUUGUCUUUUGGGCAGGCUCAGUCAGUCUAGUCUUACUUUAGGCCAGACUAUCAUUGUCGCAGACACAUUCUUUGUCUUUGGGGCAGACACUUUUGUUGUCUUACUUUAGGGCAGACUGUUAUUGUCUUACUUUAGGGCAGACCCAGUCAAUGUCCUUGAAGCAGACCCAGACUCAUCAGUCUACAAAGCAUCCACAGAUGUCCCAAGUCAAAAACAUUCUUACUUCUUAGCUAGUUCAAAAUAAUACACAAUUUAGUAUAGUAUUUUCAUGGUCAUUAUACACAGUUCAAAAAAAGAUACUCCUUGUCUCAAGACAACUUGAAGAAAGACUAUGCAGUGAUUUUGGUUUACAUGUCAGCGUGUUGAUUUACAUUGUAAUUUAGUAGAAACUCAUUUAUCUUUUGUAAAUUGCUCACUCAGACUCAUGAUAAAUAGUUUCUUGUGUAUUAUUGUUACACCCAAGGCAGAAUUUCUACUCACACUGAAUAGACAGCUUACUAUAUGACUUUUGUAGCAGUUAAUAUUCUAAUUACUAAGUUAGAAUGUUUAGUAAAAUCUCCCUCAAAAUAGAUUGCUAUAAUCACAUGUAAAUCCUGUUUUAUAUUUGACUAUUUUUUUAAUAAAUGUGACAAUGUGUUUUAUUAUUUAAUGGGUGAAUGUUCAUGAUUUCUAAUUGUAAAUAGAAAACAUUUCAGUGUAAAAAAUAAUUGUUUUAACUAAAC